AUGUCCAAGGAGCAUCCUAGUGUCGCGAAAGAUAUUCUCUGGAAGCCGUUUGUGCCUGCACUCUACGUGGGAGCCGCCACAGGGGUUUGUGGUGCGGCGUAUGGCGGUAUAGCUGGCACUCUCAUUCAGACUUCGAGUCCAUUGGCGUAUACUGCAAUCUCUGCAACACAAUGGUUUUCUGCUGGCACCACCUUCUUCUGUCUGUGUCACUGCUCCAAUUUGGAAUUCGCAUCUGCUUAUAUCUUUCCAGAUUGCCGGAGUGUAUUGCUGGCAGGUCCCUUAUCUCGGGAUAAGGAUUUGCACCGAGUCGCUGCAAGUGGCAUUGCAGGUUCAUGUUCCGGAGCUGUGAUCGCAACCUUCUUGCCUCGAGGAAGCCUGGUCACAGGUAGCAUCAUGUUCGGAGUCAUUGCUGCUCUGUCUCAAGCAGGGUUGAAUACCACGCAAGGCUCUUCAUCUAUUGCUCAACUCUCUUCACGUCUGAAAAGCGGCUUUGCUACAUUUUCUCCUAUGAAAUCUCUGUCGGACAAAGAGUAUGAGGAUUUGCUUUUAGAUAAGCUCCUCCGGAUUGAAGCGGAAAUUGCUGUAUUGGACGACAAGAUAGCAAGCCUACGAGCGGCAAGGGACGAACGCGUCCACGUUAAGUAUCAAGAGCUGAAAACCCGUCCGAGCUGA